AGAGGAGGAGAGGUAAGAAGGAACGGAUGCGGGAAAAGGAGGCACAAGGUGGUGAAGAGGUGGUGCCUGACGAUGAGAAGGGAGGAGUACAGGAGAACCGCCGAGAGAAGGUCGUCCAGAAGGCAUCUCAACUAGAGGUUGGUGCAGAAGAAGCCAGCGAUGAUGAGCCUGCAAGAAAAAAGCGGAGAAGGCAUAAAAAAUUAACCAAGGCGGAAGGGGGCCUCGAAUAAUUCCAGAUGGGUCACUCCGGACUGUGUAUGUACAGUUUAUAUUGUGUUCCUUGCUACGUUACCCCUUUUUGUAUGCAGUCGAGUCAUCCCGAGGCG